AUGUUUGGAAGAACCACUUCCGGAUUCGGAGGUUUCAGCGGCUCGACCAACGCAGCUUCCACGUCGCCCUUUGGCGGCGCCUCAAACACCAAUGCCUCUCCGUUUGGCCUGUCCAACACCACUUCUGCAUUUGGCCAAUCCAACAACAACAAUGUUCUUGGGGCGGCUAACACCAACACAGGCGGAGCGUUUGGGUCUGCGCCAGGCGGUGUGUUUGGAAACACGGCCAAUUCUGGCUCUUCGGCCUUUGGCUCCAACACUACGUCUGCCUUUGGGCUGACAAACAACAACAUCUUUGGAGGCGCCCAAAACAACAACACGCUGUCUCCAUUCGGCAGCAACAACAACAAUGCCAACAACAAUGGUGCUGCUGGUGCAUUUGGAAGUGCUGCUUCAGGCGGCGGGCUUUUUGGCGGCGCAUCGAAACCUUUUGGCUCUGCUUUUGGCACUCCGCAGAACAAUUCCGUCACACCUUUUGGCGGUGCAAGCGGCACAUCUGGCUUUGGCGGUGCUGCUGAUCCGAACGUAAACAACGGUACGGCUGCAAAGCCGUUUGCUCCUUUUGUGGAAAAGGAAGGAACAGGCACCAACUACUACCAGAAUAUCACCAAUAUGCCAGAGUAUCUGAAGUUCUCUUUUGAGGAGUUGCGUCUCAAGGACUACGAGGCUGGCCGCCGCUAUGGAAAUAGCAACACGGGCUCUGCUUUCGGAGGUGCAGCUGGCACAAACACCGGAUUUGGAUUUGGCGCCAACAACAACACCAACAACCAGACAGGUUUCGGGGCCUCUACGGGUGGUUUUGGUAGCACCACGUCUGCAUUUGGCACUAAUAACGCUACAAAUAAUACCACCACAGGUGGAACGUCGGCAUUUGGCGCUAACAACACAGGAUCUGCGUUUGGCUCUGCGUUUGGCAAUAACAGUAACACGACCACAUCGCCUUUUGGUGCCAACACUAACAACACUAACAACUCUACUGGAGGUUUUGGUUCGGCAUUUGGUGCCAACAAUAACACAAACUCGGCAUUUGGUGCUGCAAAGCCAAGUGGCUUUGGAUCAGGGUUCGGCUCUGGCGCUUUCGGCGCUGGCACCAACACAAACACGCAAUCCACAUUUGGAGGAGGCUUUGGCGCAACGAACAACACUGGAAGCUCACCAUUUGGCGCCAGCACCAAUACUGCAUUUGGGGCCAACAACACCAACUCUGCUUUCGGUCAAAACAAUAAUGCAAGCGGUGGUUUGUUUGGCAGUAGCAACAACAACAACACCACUGGCAGCGCUUUCGGCUCGAACAACAACACCUCUGCAUUUGGUGCCAACAACAAUAAUGCCUCGGGAGGAGGCUUGUUUGGAGGUAGCACCGGCUUCGGCAAACCAGCAGCGUCCGGUGGUCUUUUUGGCACUGGAAACAAUGCCAAUAAUACUCAGACAUCUGCAUUUGGUGCCAACAACACGUCCAACACUGGUGGAGGCUUGUUUGGUGCCAACAAUACAAACACUGGAGGCGGUUUGUUCGGAUCCACAGCCAACAACAAUAACAACACCAACAAUAAUGCUGGCGGACUUUUUGGUACCAACAACAAUACCACAAAUAAUGCAAACAAUAACACUGGUGGAUUGUUCGGCUCAAACAACACCAAUACAGGCGGUGGUCUCUUCGGUUCCAACAACGCGAACAACAACACCAACAAUGCUUCAACAGGUCUUUUUGGUGCGAAGCCAGCUGGUACAACUGGUGGAUUGUUUGGAGGCAACACUUCUGGUACCACUGGUGGAUUUGGGCAGACCCAAAACAACAAUGCCGGAGGCUUAUUUGGCAACAAGCCAGCAGCUUCCACUACCGGAGGAGGCUUGUUUGGGAAUAAUACUAACCUGGGCACGACCGGCGGUCUUUUUGGUCUGAACAAUAACAACACCAACAACACCAACACUUCAGGUGGUCUCUUUGGAAGCAACACCACAGCCACUAACAAUAGUACAGGUGGUGGCUUGUUCGGAAGCAAACCAGCCACUACUUUUGGGGGCACAACCGGUGGUGGCUUGUUUGGCAACAAUAACAACGGUACCAUGAACAACAAUAACGCAUUGGGGUCGACACAGAAUAAUGGCACAAGUGGUUUGUUGGGUAACUCUUUUGGCCAGAACCAGAACCAGCAACAGAAUGGUCAACAAAGUUUGGUCAAUAUCACAGCCCAGAAUCCGUAUGGAAACAACAAACUUUUCCAAAGUAUUUCAGGUACCAACCAGAAUGUGCCACAAGAGGUGCCUCUCGCUAUCCCUGUGAAGAGUACAAAGAAGAAGGUUUCUAUGGCGAGUGCACACAAAGUUGCACCCUUAUUUGUUGCUGAGAAAAAAGUUAAUGCUCCUGUCAAAGACGUCGUUCUUGCUACACCCGAAAAACCAGCUUCGCGCAAAGCUUCUUUAUUUAAUGCCGACGUCGACCGGGCCAUCUUGUCGUCCGACAUUUUUGCUCCUAAAGUGGAGUUCCGCAAAUUGGUUGUCAACGGCUCCAAGGAUAGUUCCUCUAGUUUGAUUGCACUUACAGAUAAGCCAACAGAACCAAAGGGUGUCACUUUUGAAGUCGAAAAGAAAGACAAACCAGAGAAGCUCCACGUCGAAGCUUCGCAACAGGAAAUUGAUGAUGACGGAUACUGGACAUCACCCCCAUUAUCUGAGCUCAAGAAGAAACCUCUUGCCGAUUUGCGUUCAGUAGAAAACUUUACAGUUGGACGCAAGUACUACGGCCAGAUCAGAUUCACAAAGCCCGUUGACUUGACAUCGUUCAAUUUGGACGAAAUUUGCGGCAAUGUGAUCGUAUUUGGCUCGAAGAACAUCAUUGUGUAUCCAAACGACGAUGCUCCAAAAGAAGGUGAAGGUUUGAAUAUGCCAGCCGAAGUGACGCUAGAAGGAUGUUACCCAAUCAACAAAAAGACAAAAUUGGCAAUCUUGGAUCCGAAGGAUGAGAUUGUGAAAAAGCACAUUGAAAAAUUGAAGUCGCUAGAAGAUAUGGAGUUUGUGAACUACGAUCCUAACACCGGAAACUGGACUUUUACCUUCAGCCAUGUGUAA